AUGACUCGUUCUUUUCGUCGUGAGGAACAGGGUGCCUUUGCUCGCGAAGCUUCACUCGAACCAAGCCCUGGGAGUUUAUUCGCGAGAGAACUUUUGUCAAAUUAUGAUGAACCCAGAUCUGAGGGAUACGAUGAAUACUUCGAUCCACCGCUUGAAAGUAAAUACGAAUGUCCAAUCUGUCUUCUUGGCCUGCGAGAACCGGUGCAGACGGGCUGCGGACACAGAUUCUGUAGAGGUUGCAUUCUGCGUUCUUUAAGGUAAGCUUUGAGAAACAGCCUGUAGAGAUUACUGCAUAAGAAAAGCAGCCGAUCUCAGCGCUUUCGUCUUUAAAAUGUUCAAGUUUUGCGCUUGUUAACGUAUUAAUAGAACGUUCCAGCGAGGAGGUUUAGUUCUUAACUGUUUACAAAACACUUUGCUGGCUGGUCAAUCAUUGGCGUGAGUUUACACGUCGUUGGAAUCCAAAUAGUUUCCGCUUGAAUUACCUAACACCGAAUGCGGAAAGCCGACUUAGUCUGAAGGUUAGUGACAAGGAUUAGAAAACUGAGUGAAUCAAGUUUCGGGUCUGUGUUCCCAUCCCAAAGUGGAACCUGAUUCACUCAGUUUUCCUGACUCUAAUCACAAAGAAAAACCUUAUAGUCAGGGAGCAUAUGUCGCUGAAAAAAUUUCCGUGGGAUUUUUGUGGUGAUUUCAAGCGACCAGUGUAGAAGUUGAGAGGGACCUAAGGAACAUGUUCAAUGUUGUCGCCACCUCUGUUAUUCCUGCACGAAGUAUUUAAGGGGUACUGAAAAAUUGCCCAUUAAGCUUUACAUGAAAGCGAAGCUAAAGUUUGAAAAUGCUUAAAAAACGGCUGUUAGUCAAUCACUCUCUUUUCUGUAAAUGUAAAAGUAAUAUUUUAUAAGAUGUCCAGGAAUGUUCUAUUAACUCUGGUGCAUUGGGUAAAAGUUAAAAAUCCAAAUUUUUAGUUCAAAAGAAGCCAGUUGCCUUAGAUGAAAGUAAGAUUCCUUGGGAUAUCAAUGUGGGAGAACAAGGAAUUUGUCCUGCUACAUAUGUGGACAAUCCUCGUUUUUUUCCCAACACUUAAAAGUUCAAGUAUAAACUAGACUGCUUUUAUAAUAAAAUAAGAAAUUCCAUUUUCAAACUAUGACAGUUAUAUAGGCUAUUUUUUUUCUUCAUCGCACAUGCUAAUGCAUAUUCCAGUUUUCUGGUUCGGUGUUGUGCGUUGCGACAUGAACAUCUGGGAUACAUAUUGCCGUUACGUCUUUUACCCAGUCUAAAUGUCAAGUUCUACAGAAACUGGAGAGACCAAAGACCUCAAUUUACAGUACAGCUCAAAAGUAAGUUACCACCCUCUCGCGAGACAUGAAUCGCGUCGCGUGCUACACGAUUCCUGUAGCGGAGGACGUGAAGCCUAAAAACUGUAAGUACAUUUAUAUCAUGGUCAAGAACCGAUGGUAAAGCUUUACCAUGACUAACAUUUAUCUGGUUCAUAGAAGCGCCAUAGUAUGCAAAUAUAGUACCUGAGAAGUUAGUUUAAAAUUUCACAUGUUUUGACACUAUGCAAAUUUGUGAUGUGUCACGGUCACGCAAAAAAAAAUGCUGUUCAGCAAAUGUACUGUUGUCUUAUUUGGCCGCUGUAAUUUGUUAAAUUUAAGAUAGCUUUCUUUCAUAAAUCAAGUGUUCUGUACUGAGUUCUGUUCUGUAUAAAAAAGCUACAAAGAGCAAAUUAAGCUAACAAUAUUCCGUGAUCGAAUGCCAAGUUGCAUUUUUACCAAUGUUGUUGAUAUCUGGUUGGCGAAAGUUGCCGUAGGCUGCUUGCAGUCUGCCUUUUCUCUUAAAAUCGGUCUACUUCUUAUCUUAGCCAGCUCGAUUGCAAACGAUGACGUUACGUUACAAUAAGGGAUUAGGACCAGACGAGAAAAGACGGACUGCGGACUCUUUUGUAGUAAACAAACCCUUGGUCAGCCCAGAAACAGACUAAACGAUUGGUCAAUUUUGCAGCUGUUGGCAGAUCAUUGACUGGUCUGUGGGGGAGAUGCAAGCGAUAAAAAUAGUCACACGUCACAACUAACUGCAAACAAUUACAAACCUAGUGGUAAUCGCUUUUAAACUAAAAUGUUGAAGGAUAUCUUACAGAGGGAAACUGAUAAAAAUUUCCUCAAGAGAAACAAAUUCAAGGCAAUCGUACCUUAAAAAGUAAAAAUUUGCAGUUGUUUAUGUUCUAUUUAUAAAUCGUUUCAAGUUACUUGGGUUUAAUUGGUUAAUUAAACUACCUUGACAGCUUCGUUGUCCGCAGAGAGAACAAAAGAGUCAGCAGUCUCUUAUUUUUUCUUCUCGGUCUUAGGGCCUGUUUACAUGGAGGUGGGGGACCCCAGGUAGGUGAGGUAACCCGCUAAGGUGGGGUAACCCGCCUGCCAUAUAAUCUCUCAUUUUAAUUUGAUCACGUUUACGUGAUAGGUGGGGUGACCCGCUAAGGCAGGUAGCCUGGUCUGCCAGGCAGGGUAACCCCUCAGCCGGGGUCAAAUUUUGCCAUGUAAACAUUUCAAGGUGGGGUAACUAGCCUAGACGGGGUCGGAUUCGCAAUACUGAAUUCGUGCAAAAUUCACUUUGGCGGUAGCUUUGCAUCAUUAUUAAAGGUAACAAUAACUCGUGAUCAAACACCGAGUUGUAUUUUUACCGAUGUUGUUGAUAUCUCGUCUAGUCGGCGAAAGUUGCUGCUAUGCGUAAACGAUGACAAAUGCACUUGUUUGGCCACUGUAAUUUGUUAAGUUCAAGACAACUCUCAAGAUUUGGUAAAUCAAGUAGUGACUGUCGAAGAAAGCUAUAUAGAACAAAUUUAUUAAGCUAACAUUAUUUCGUGAUCGUACGCCAAGUUGAUCGCGUGAACGAUAACCACACAUAUCAAAAGGGCUGACAAAUUUUUUUGGUGAAACUCAUCCCUAGCAAUUUGCAGUAUAUUUGGUUCUUCUCAUCUUGGUUUGCUCAUUCAAAAAAUUAAGGAAGGUGGAAGUGGUUUUCAAGUUUUUUUUUUGUGUGGAUUAUUUGUGGCCAAAAUUAAGCCAAAUGCACGACUUGUAGAGAAACCAACUUCUCAUGACAGAGUAUUGACAUGCAUACAGGAAUGGCUGUCUUAUGCCCAUUUAGAACAUUUUGAAAGCUGGUUAAAAUUAAAAACAUUUACAGCUCAAAAGCCUAAGGAUAAAGGAGUAUCGUGGCACAGACAGUGUUUUCCAAAACUUUAAGGUGGUUUAAUGAAUAUCAUAAAGAGAACGUACAACUUUCUAACAAGCAAAUUUUAUUUAACACGUUCAAUGACUCCCUUCCAAUGCAAAUGCCAAUUUCAACUCAGUGCAAAUUUCGUCUAUUGGUUUUACAGCAAAAGAAAUACUUGUAUACUUGCAAGAACAUUGUAAUGAAACCUAAUUUAGAGGAAUUUUUACGUAAGCUUUUUGAACAAUAUCGCAUUGAAAGUUGUGGCAAACAAUAUUGAAUGUGUGGCAACUGAUAGGUUUUUUUUCUUUUUUUUAUUAAUUAUUAUUAUUUUCCAAUAUUUUUUAUUUUUAUUGUAAUUUGUUUUGUUACUUACUGGCAUAUUUAUUUACUUAUUGUUUUGUUUCCUUUACCUUCUGCUGUGUAUUAAUGUUGUUAAUUUGCUGUCAAUUAAAAAAAAAAAACAAAAAAAACAAAAACGUGGCGCCAGAGGAAAUAACGCCGCAGCUAACGACAUCUAAAACAUCACCAUUUAACCUAGAUUGGUGCUCCUUUUGUGACGGCAGCGAGUCUCGUGGAAAAACCCUUUUACUUCUGCUACCCAGUCCUUAAGUACAGAGUUUUUAGCAAUGACAGAGAUCAACUUUAGGACAGGUAUGAUAUUGACUAUGUCCGACUUAAAAGCGGCAUAUUUAUGGGAGAAUUAUUUUAUUAAAGUAAACAUUGUCCUUGAGGAUGUGUGCAAUUGAAAAAUGCUAAAACCGUUGACUCAAAUUUUGAUACCUGAAGUGGAGUUUCACCUACCACCAAAAGCUAACGAAUCAGACCAUCUAAGCGUUAAGAAGACAUGGGAUACCACCAUUCAUCUGGUAGAAAAGAAAAGUAUUGACAAUUAUUAAAAAAAAAUGAAUGUACUAUUUGAAUCUGCACUCUUGUUACGGUGGCAAUCAAUAGCUGCACAGAAUGGGUGUUUUCAGUGAUUGGCCAGUUUGAGUUUUCUGUCAGUUCCCAGGUCUUUGUUUGCCCCAAUGGUAAAAUGCUUCACUCUUUUGCAAGGAGCCCUUUCAUUACAGUUCUUGAAAAGUUAAGCACUUGGUGGUGUAUCAGAGCAAAGAGCGACCACUGGUCCUCAGGUAAGUGUGAAUGAAAGAGUGAAUAUGGAACCCUCAUCUCAGCUGCAAGUUGCACUUGUUGACGCCAAAAAUUGGCAGAACGUCAAUCUCGCUGCAAGGCAGUUGAUAUCAGAGACUGUUUGCAAUGAGCAGAGCCCUUUACUGCCAGAAUCAUCCAUAAGUACAAGUCCAAUGAUGAGGUCUGUCUGAUUUUCAAUAGAUAUGACUAGCCAAUGUGUCUGAAAACAACUACCUGAGUAAAUGGUCAGGCUGGUCAAGAUUGCCUAUAUUAACGUAUCAAUAAUUCCAUGCAUUUCUCAUAAUAAGACCGAGAACGAGCUAUCUACAGAGAAGUUCCUAGAUCAUGCUAUGAAGACAAAUCUACAAGUUGUUGGGCCUUGGGGUUACCAGUGUUGUUCAACACAACAAAAUAUGAACCAUCUUUGUGAUCAAGAAGAAGCAGACACCAAGAUGUUGUUACACGCUCUGGACACAACUGUUAACAGUGAAAUGGAGCUUUAUAUCCAUUCUGAUCUCUAGACAAAGAUGUUAGUUGUGCCUCUAAGGCGCUAUCCGAAGCUGUGUGUGAAGACAUUAUUUGUCUUUGCUCCGGGUGAUAACCAUUGUGUGAUUGAUCUUAGUCCAAUCGCUAGUGCCCUCAAUAGUGUUAAACUUGCCGCAUUACCAGCGUUCCACGCUGAUAUCACCGGGUGUUUUUCUGUUAAAGGGAAACUUUUAUGCUGGAAAACGUGGAAGAAGAAGAAGAAGAAGAAUGGAAACAGAAGAUACCAUAGCUGCUUUGGAGCCACAGUGCAUCCCCUGAGACGAGAUAUUGGUCCUUGUGGAGAAGUUUAUAAGCCAGCUUUAUCAGACUGGAACCAGUAGCUCACAAGUCAAGGAACUAAGAUGGCAAACAUGUAUGUUCCGAAAAAAAUCAGGCAAAUUGGAUAGGCUUCCACCAAACAAAGGGUAAUUUAGGAAGCAAUUCUCCGUGCCCACUAUCAAAAUGAUAGUUUGUUACAGCCAGAUGGAUUUGAUGGGAGAAAAGGGAGGAUAAAUGGAUCCCCAUUAUGACAAAAGAAGCACCUGCUGCUGAAGAAAUAGUCCAAUUGCUCAAGUGCAACAGUGAAAGAACCGAUGUUCACACAAUCGAUGCCACUGCCGGAAAUCAGGCUUGAAUUACACCUACCUCUGUUCUUGCUUUGACAGUAAUGAUCCCUGCAAAAAUGCAAGUGAAGAUACUAAUAGACCAAAAAAUUGAGGAGGAGGGCCCUGACAGUGAGGUGUAGAAAGAUCAGAGAGUCAAAAUUUGUUGAAAAAUAUGGAUUUCAAUUUGUCAAUGUGAAAAAGUAUUAAUGUUAGUACUCUUUAAGGGUCACAUUGUCUUAAGGCUCUACUUUGGGUCACGUGACCACGCAAAAGUGUCGCCAUCAACUAAUUUUAUUAAGUAAGACAUCCCAGAAUAUUGAAACUGAUUGUAGUUUGUUCCAAAAUUCCAAUAAACGGCCAUUUUUCAGUCGUUUUAUUGUUCAGCCUCGUUGUCGUGGAGGGGAGAACAGUGCUCUUCUUUUAACACCUUCUAAAAAUCCUCUGCACGCAAUACAAAAGUACCAACAACAUUAAACAUGUCCCUUAGGGCCCCCCUAACAGUUUUGCACUGGUCACUUGAAAUUAUCACGAAAAUCCCAUGGGAAUACCAUUGCUCCUAGACUAUUAGAGUCAUUUGGCGUUCUGUGUGCUGUGUUCUACAAAAAAACCCUUGCCAGUUUUAGUUUAAUUGUCAAUAAAAGUUAGAAGUUAAAAUUCAGGAACAGAAGUUUGAACAAACAACACAGAACACUAGUUCUGGAAUGUACACCUUUCCACUAUGGACAUUUCUCCUGGUUAAAAGAUACUGAAACAUACUGUAACUGUAAACUUUAAAUAUGAAGGUCUAUGUGCCUCUAUAAUAGUGUAUAUUUGGCUUAAUCCUUUGGCAUCUGUAUGAAGGAGAUGUUUAACUUUUCUUAUUCACAGGAUAUAUAUGUUGAGUCAAGUAAAAACAGGCAACACACUGUAUCUGUUCUCCACAAUUAUUUUCGUAUAAAGGUCAUUAUUCUAUGUUCAGCUAAAAAAGUGAAAGAUUCGUAUCACCCCAAUUCAGAAGUUUUAUAUCAUUUUGUGUGUAUUUUGGACCCCGGUUGACAUUGUCUGAUUUUAGUCAGUAUUAAGAGAAAAAUAAGUUUCCAGAAAAACCAGUUGGAAAGCUACAGUAAACAUGUUUUUUUGGGUUGUUCCAGUCGAAAAUUGCUGGGAGAAACAAAAUUUCUGAAAAGGUAAUCUUGUUGACCCAGUCAGAAAGUUCCAUGGAAAUUUGUGUUCCAUUUGUACAAAUUAUAAGCCGUUUUUGAUACCUGUUGUGAGUUUUCUUGGCCAUUUUCUGGUCAAUGGAGCUGUAACUAAUGUGCAUAUAUAAUACUCUGCAGUCACCAAAUUUACCAGUCCUGAAUUUUGCUUACCAUUUUUGCCCAAACCGUGAACCGACAGGUUCACCCAUGUAAAUGGUAAAAAACCUUUGAGUCGUACAUGAUCUCAUGUGUUGUGUCACUUGUCCCUCUUACUAAGUAUAUGGUUUGAAUAGCAUUGUACAAUUCUUUAUUGUUGUUUUAAGUCAUCUAUCAUCAUGCAAUGGAGAGUAGUGCUCAAAGCACAGGAAUGUAAAUGUGAUGAUGACUGGUGAUACACAGCUGUAAGUAAUCUGUGCAGAAGUCAACCUCUAAAUGAUAGUAAAUAGAAUAUUGGGAGCUGGUGGUAGUAAUAGUUACAGUCAAACCCUGCGUUACAAACACCUGCUUAAUAUGGACACCUUGUUAUUACAAACAGUUUUCCUUGUCCCUGGGGAAAGUAUAUGGCCCUCAUAUUUUCUCUGAACUCAACCGAACACCCCAUUAAAUAGGGACUCUUUCUAUGCCCCCUUAGUAUUGAUAUUAAUUGGGUUAGAUUAAAAUCAUUUCUCUUCAAGCAUGUUAUUGCUUAAAAAAUAUUUUUCAGUUUAAAUGGAUUAGUGCCUUGGGGACCCAAAAGGUUAUCAUAACUUUGGAGAAACUAUCACUGGCAUUCUCUUUCAUUCUGAGAAAAUAGUAGUCUUGGCAUCAAAUGUGUUCCUGCAAUCCACCAUGCUUCACUUAAUUUAGGCAGCUUUUUGGCAGCAGAGGUCUGCCAGCCAAUUGAAACUAAUUCAUGUAAAUUUUAGCCUCCAUGCUAAUGCCUCCCAUCUAUGUUGCUCCAUAAUAAUAAUAAUUUCCAUAGGAAAAGAUACAGUCUGUAUAUCUACAUACAAUUAUUUAAAGGUUUUGAUAAAGGUCAUCCAUCCAAGACUUCCUCUGUGUGUUGCAUACAUGUAUUUAUGCUGUGAUGCUGAAGGCUUCAUGAACCCAUUUUACAGUGUACUAGUACCCACAUGUACAGUAGAUAAACAUACAUGUACUUUGGAUUUUUUGCUUAUCCUGCAUCUUCAGAAAAGUAAUAACAAAAACUAUCAUUAAUAAUAAUGACUGUAGGUGGCACCUCUUGAAACUGAAAGGUGUUAACCUUUCAAUUUUAAAUUUUCAUUUUCCACAGUACCUGAUCUUUGAAAAUGUUAUGUUGCAACUUACAUUCAAGCCUAAAUCAAGGCUUUUACUCAUGCAACCAGUUUCUUUUAGUCAGACUUUGUUCUCAAUUUGAUUUUCUCAUUUUUCACAAAGCCUUUUUUUUGUAGUCGUAAAUGUAUGUUAAGCACUUAUUCAUAAAUGUACACCUACAUGUAUGUUACCUGUAGUCUCCUAUCUAUGGAUGCACUUUUAGCUUGUCCUGCACUCACACAUAAAAUUAAGAACGUUUGAAAAGAAAGCCUACCAACAUGCACAUCAAGGCUAAAUAGGAAAAUUGAACCAAGAAUUGAAUGGCUUUUGCAUAUUUGACACAAAUGUUGAGUAUUAAUUUGUAAUGUAUGGGAACACUGUGUGCAACACUGUGUCCUUGACCAUCUGCAUAUCAGAUCAAGCUUUCAAAAUUGAUUGUAUAAUUAGGUUAUUUAUUUUUAUGAGGUGAUGGCAAUCCUCCAUAUCUAGGUGAAAAAGAAUCUAUUUUCAGACAAAAAAGCUCAUUAGGUAGUAUAAGUGAGAAUGACACAAAAUAUUGCAUCUAAGUUUACUCAGUUUUCCACUGAACACCAGUGUUCCAGCCAGAAAAUUCUGUUUGAGGGCCUAAGUGGCCCCUAGAACCCAUUUUUGGGGGCCAGAUAUUUCAAGAAAGGGCCAAUGUACCAGUAUUUCUCUAAUAUGCAAAAGAAAAGAAACAGUUGGAAAGCUAAGGAAAUGAAAGCUGAAGCUGACAUACAGCAUCCCUUUUUAUACACAGUAGAGGAAAUCUUCGGUGAUAAAGCAAACAGUACACCCAUCAGAAUGUAUGCAAUAAAAUAGUAAGUAAUUUUUUUCAUCUCAUUUUCCACUUCACUCUCAAGAUCUGCUUCCUUUCGCUUCUUCUGAACUGCUUCGCCUCCAUCCACUUUUUCGUUACUGAGAAAAAACUUUCGAUAGACCUUGAAGAUGUGGGUCAGUAGUUCAUGUAUGACCCUAUGAAAUGUCCUGAGACACCAGUGCAAUGUCGUACCUCUAGUAAGGUGUUUGUCAGGUUCAUCUUUUUUGAGACGCCAUGAUUGAUACCCAUGAGCUUCUGCGAUAUUACAAAAGCCAAGUCAAGGCUCAGUGGUCUCCAGACCACUCACGGUAAAUCAGGUAAACUCAAGAAGAUUCAUCGAUUGAUUUUCAUGUUGUGUACAAAGGUACGGAGUCGUUCUUUAGAUUAAAAAUUCUGUUUAAUUAGAAAAUUAUUGUAGUUGAAGUAACAGAGACAUUUUUAAGCCCAGGGAGUUAAAGAAGGAAAGGACCAUAAUGGCCCCUGAAUGCUUUUUGUCGGGGCCAUCUCUCAAUCUUUUGGGGGAUUCACGCAAUGGCGCACUCUGGCUGGAACACUGGAACACAGUCUGAAAUUUAAUACACUGUGUUAACAUUCAUUAUUAAUUUUGAUGAUGUCUAUCAUAUGUGUAUGUACAUGUAAUAUAAUUUCGAUGAUGCUCUUUGUGAAAAACGUUUUGCAUAGAGCAGGAAAAUUCAGUAAUGUACCCUUGUCUUUCAUUAUAAUUACAUGUAUGCUAUCAGUUUAAAUGCUUGAAAUAUUUGUCAAAUUUUAAAUUUUUAAAUACUGGGUUUCCUCACUUUGUUUUCCAUGCUCUAGCACCCAAAAAGUUCUUUAAAAUGUCUUUUUGUUACUCUGUUAAUUUGUUCUUUCUUUAUGGAAAAAGAGACCAGCUGCUUUAUUUGUUAGCAGUAUAACAUUCCUUACUAGGAAGGUUGAAAAUCGAUUGGCCAGUUAUGUCACCUCUAUUUAAUGGAUGACUGCUCAUCUGUCAUCCUUGAACAAAAGAGAAAAAAUUCUUGAUCAGCUUGAAGUGUUACUUGGCUGCACAUCUUUCAAAAUAUUGUUUUGCUGGCAUCCCUUUGUUACAGCCAUCAACAAAGUUGUACUCAUAGGAAUGAUUUGUUGUAAGAAAAAAAAAAAACACGCACACACUUUGAUUGCGUUCUGCAUUAGUGUAGGUUAAUGAAUGUGGCAGUGUAAUAUUGUUAACUGAAAUAAGUACUAUUAAUUUAUACAUGUCAGUUAAAUUAAUGACAGGAGUCUCCAGAAGUACAUUUGUGUCAUUACAGUGAACCCCAAUAACACAAACCUCCAAGGGAAAUUGAAGAAGCUUGUUAGAGUUUUUUUGAGUUAGUGUUACUGGGAGGGAAGAGAAAAUGACCAAAAGUAAGAAGAAAAACAAUGAUUACUGUGCUUCUGUUCAUACAGUGUACAUACAUAUUUUCAAUAAAAUUCAGGGCAGGCUCAAAUUAAUGGUAACCCGAUAUCCAAUGGUUAGUAGUUUCCAACGUUUGGUUACUAAAAAUUUGCUGAAUUAAAUCCACCAUGGUUAGUAAAAAUUACUGUUAAUUAAUUUGGUGUUCAGCAUUUGGCGAUCAGUGAAAAAGCUGCUGCUUGCUUAUUGCUAAAGUUAAUAACUGGUUAUCAUUUCCUUCUAAUUCUUUCUAGGGAUGCCAGGCCCAAGUGCCCUGUGGAUAAUGAACGCUUAAAUGAGUCACAGGUA